AUGUCUGAAGAGAGCAGCCAGCACAGGAGCCCACCAAUCUUUGUAGAGCUUCAGAAGUUCCGGCGGGAUACAAUCGUUUCCAGUUUAAUGCCUAAAAAUUACCAGCAUGUUCUUGCCUUCAUCUUUGCAAUUCAAGAGAUCAACAGGAAUGACCAUCUCUUACCCAAUAUCACACUGGGAUUGGAAAUCUAUGACAAUGUUUUCAAUCCGCUGAGAGCCGUUGGGAACACUCUGCAGUUCCUCUUCACAGGGCAGGGGAAUCCCUUCAAUUACAACUGUGAUGGGAAGCAGCAGCUAGUCCUUGCCAUUGGUGGGCUCACCUCCCCAAAUUCCAUGCAGAUGGCCAGUGUCUUCAAUACCUACAAGAUCCCACAGCUGAGUUAUGGAUCUUUUGACCCUGUGCUAAGUGAUCAAACCCGGUUCCCUUUUUUCUUCCGGAUGGUUCCAAGUGAAGACCUUCAAUAUAUCGGGAUUAUUUUUCUGCUGAAGCAUUUCAAGUGGAAUUGGAUCGGUCUGCUCACAUCAGAUGAUGAAAGUGGAGAAACACAUGGCUUAUAUGUUCCAAAUCAAGACAACUGCACUGGGGAGGAGAAACUGGGGAGCCUCCCUGAAUCUGUGCUUGAAAUGGGCAUGUCUGGGCAGAGCUAUAACAUCUACAAUGCUGUUUAUGCUGUAGCACAUGCUCUCCAUACUAUGUAUUCUUCGAAAACUAAACAGAAGGAAAUGGAGAAACUCGGGGGAAAGAGUCUUCUGUUACGGCCUCUUCAUGCUUUUCUGAGCAAUAUCCAUUUCAACAAUAGUGCUGGGGAAGAAAUCUUUUUUGAUGAGGAAGGGAGCCUGCCAUCAGGAUACGAUAUCAUCAACUUGGUCACAUUCCCCAAUGACACCUUCCAGAAAGUCCAAACUGGAAGGAUGGAUCCCCUGGCUCGUGAAGGAAAAAGGUUCACCAUGAAUGCAAAUGCAGACCAGUGUGAAAUGUGCCCAGAAGAUCAAUGUCCAAAUGAGAAACAGGAUCAAUGCAUCGCCAAAACGAUGACCUAUUUAUCCUAUGGAGAACCGUUGGGAGCAGUUUUGAUUUCUUUUGCUCUUUUGUUUUCCCUGAUCACCUUUGCUGUGAUUGGGAUCUUUGUUCUGCUCUCCAAAACUCCCAUUGUGAAAGCUAAUAACUGGAGCAUUACCUGUACCCUUCUCUCCUCUCUGCUGCUUUGCUUUCUCUGCUCCUUCCUAUUCAUUGGUCAGCCUAGGAAGGUGACCUGUCUCCUCAGACAAACCGUGUUUGGCAUCACCUUUACUGUCGCAAUUUCCUCUGUGUUGGCUAAAACCAUCACUGUUGUUCUGGCCUUCCUGGCCACCAAGCCAGGAAACAGGAUGAGGAGAUGGAUAGGGAAGAGGCUGGCAGUAUCGGUCAUCAUUCUCUGUUCACUUAUUCAAAUUGGAAUCUGUGCUGUGUGGCUGGCAAACACUCCCCCUUUCCCAGAGUUUGACAUGCACUCUCAGAUCAGUGAGAUCAUUGUGCAAUGCAAUGAAGGCUCAAACACCAUGUUCUACAUCGUCCUGGGCUACAUGGGCUCAAACACCAUGUUCUACAUCGUCCUGGGCUACAUGGGUUUUCUGGCCAUCAUCAGCUUCACUGUGGCCUUCCUUGCGAGAAAGUUACCUGAUAGCUUUAAUGAAGCCAAGCUGAUCACCUUCAGCAUGCUGGUCUUUUGCAGUGUUUGGGUGACCUUUGUCCCAAGCUACUUGAGCACCAAGGGGAAAUACAUGGUGGCUGUGGAGCUCUUCUCCAUCAUGGCCUCUAGUGGUGGACUGUUGAGUUGUAUCUUCCUCCCCAAAUGCUACAUUAUUAUUCUUAGACCUGAUCUGAAC